AGAGGCAGAGCUCAGAGUUUGUCAGAAGGCGGACCUGACAGGGUCACACAUAGGACCAAGCAGGAGCAGGACCUCAGCAUUUUGACCUUUUAUUACAAAUGGAGAAACAUGAAGAUGUUCAAUAUUGUUUUCAAGACAGAAACUCUUCUUGCAGAAAGGCUUUGCUAUUGACAUCUAUCUACAUAACACUGUACAUCUUCUUCUCAUUGAUUUCAGCAGUUACAGUAUUUUUGAACAUAAUUGUGAUAAUCUCCAUCUCUCACUUCAAGCAGCUCCACACUCCAACCAACCUGCUCAUCCUCUCUCUGGCUGUGUCAGAUCUCCUCGUGGGACUGAUUGUGAUACCAGUAACGACUGUAGCAUUAAUGGAACCAUGCUGGGUUUUUGGGAAAUAUUUCUGUGUGUUUUAUUUCUACAUCACUUGUUUAUGUACUUCUUUAUCUCUGGGCAGUUUGGUCUUGAUAUCUAUUGACCGCUAUGUUGCUGUGUGUGAUCCCUUAUUGUACCACUCUAAGAUAACAAUAACAAGAACGAUGUGUUGUAUAUCCAUUACCUGGUGUUGUUGUAUCAUACACGAUGCUGUUAUUAUAAAAAGCUUUGUAAAUGUACAAAUACCCAGUAGGUGUUUGAAAGAAUGUGUUAUUGUUGAAGGAAUAACCUGGGGAAAUAUAAUUGACUUUGUAUUUACAAUGGUUGUCCCGUGCUCUAUUAUUAUAACACUUUAUUUGAAAAUCUUUGUGGUGGCCAGAUCACAGGCCAGAAAGGUAUUUUCAAAAGAGGCUGUCAGUGUGUCUGGUGUUAAAACUGUACAGGCAAAUAAGUCUGAGAGAAAAGCAACAAAAACUCUAUCUAUUGUUGUUUUCACCUAUCUCAUUUGUUGGAUUCCAAUUCAAUUUUAUUUCUUUUUUCUUUUAAUUGACAAUGUAUCAUUAUUUAUCAUCAGCUUUCUUCCACUAGUUAAUUCCUUAAUGAAUCCAAUCAUUUAUGCUUUCUUUUAUCCAUGGUUCAAAGUGACAGCUAAACAUAUUUUAACUCGGGUGAAGUUCAGGCGUUCGUAGUUCCUAUGUUUUUAUUCCCUAGUUUGACAUAGUUAUGUUAUACUGUUUUGUUGUUGUUAUUGCUUCUUUCAUGUAACAAUAUAUUGACAUUACUUCGCUCCGUGUUUUCAUCAUAGAUACAUGUGGUGUUGAUACAGAAUGAUUUGUCUGGAUUAGAAUGACUGGGAAGAGAUAAAAGAAGGCAUAAGCUUGUUUUAUAAAAUACAUUGUAGUUAUUUAGGGUUGUAUAUUCCAAAUAUUAAAGUCUGUGGUUGUUCCAUAUUAUUUAAUGAUAAAUUGUAUGUAAUUAUUCAAAAAGGACAUUUUGAGGACGUCUGUAAGUUGUUUAACAUCACCCUCUAGUGGCUUAAUUGGGAUACAACGCCUUUAACAAGUGUAGUAAAGUUGAAAUGUACAAUACCUCAUGAUAUCAGAUAACUUCCAGGUCUAAAUCAAUGGUCUAUUGUAGUAGCUGAUGGUAAAAUGUAAGAAGAUGCAAUUAUGGGUAACACUUUAUAAUAACAUUCAGUAAUAAACCAUUUGUAAGGCAUUUACAGUUUGUUCACCAUUAAUCA